ACACUACCUCAGUGUUCACUUGUAUAAAGAGUCGUUCUCGUGACCUCACCCUUGGCUUCAACUUUUUGCAAAGCCUCAUGUGACGCCACAUGCUGAUGGACAUGCUCUCGCUGUGCCAGCAUGUGUUGCCAGGCGCUGCUUGACGACGAGAUAUAUAUAUCCGCUGCUCACGCCCCGAUUGAAGGUUACCCAGCUUCCUUUUCCGACGACCGCCAGCCUAUGCGUAAGCCUGCACUGGCUACUUUCCCCGGCAGAGGUCCGCACAAUACCAAUGCUGCAGUACUGUUAUCCAGUCAAGACACAGAAGCUGACUCCGGCAUCGACUCAAAGAGAUCAGACGCAAGAAAGCAAGCCAGACUCAGCCAACAAAGAACGGAGAUCCAGAACUUGGCCAGUCACAUCAGAGAAGCAACUGGCUAUAUUCGGGCACUUGUCAGGAUGCUGGACGCCAUGAAUGAUAUUGGAAAAGGUUACAAGAAGCAAUUUGAUAUUCCUGAGGAUCUCAACACGCUGUAUAAGACAUUCCCACCUGUUCAAGAAACGUUCGAUCUUGCUGGCACAUCGAUCUCGGAUCUGGCAGAUAGGGUGUCAGAGUAUGCUGAUGGUGUUUCUGAAGCACUGGCCCGGGUGAGGAAUCUUGCUCACAGUGGUGAGACAUGUCUGGUGUCACAGGUCCCAUCUUUGCUUGCAGCAGCAGAAAUCCUCCAGGGUAUUUACGAGGUGAUCGAGGAUUGCAAGUUUGGAGACAGCAGUAUGGCACACCGUCUUGGAACCAGAGAAGAUGCAAGGAGAAUCGCAGGGCGCGAACAAGAGCUGUCGAGACUUAAGCAUGGUCCCACUGGCUGGGCAAGAGAGCUGGAGGGGUUGGAUAUUGAAUACUGAGAGACACUUGAUUGACAAGUGGCAGCGAACGGAAGCAUGUAAUUUUGUGCCAUCAGUAUUUAAACUGAUGUUGGCGAACGCGUCAAAUUGGGCACCAGUGUUGUUGUGCAUAUCUUCGACUAGCAACCGAUCAUGAUCGGAGGAUGGAAGUGUUGAGUGGACGACUACUCAUGUCCGCGUUGUCUGUAUGGACAUGAAUCAAUCUUUUAUUACUCCCAACUUUUUUCUUUUCUGUCGUACUUGGGUCACCUAAGCGCUCAAGAUGCUGGUAGCGAGAAAGAGCGGGCGUUGGUGCCGAGGCUGCCGGAAGAAAGUAUUCUCACCGACAAACAACU